AGUACUCAUCUUUCACCGCUUCUCUUUCUUUCUCUCCCCUUAACCUCUUUCAGUCUGUUUUCCCUCUCUCCUUCCUCACUCGUUUGUUAUUUUCUUUCAUUCCUCUGUCCUCCUCCCUUUCUUCUUCCCACCCCUUAUAACCCCUCCUCUCCCUGCCUCUCCCUGCCUCACCCCCUCUCUCUCUUUGUCUGCCCGUCCGACUCUCCGUUCCACAGUGAUACCACAGACAGGCUGCAGUGCUCAGAGUUAGGACAGAGACGGACGAGGAUGGUGACACUCAAAGACUGACUUUCUGCCAGGACCUGAAGAGCCAGAGGUGAAGCUGGGAUAACGGAGCUGGGAUAACGGAGCUGGGAUAACGGAGCUGGGAUAACGGAGCUGGGAUAACGGAGCUGGGAUAACGUGGGCUAAACCCACUUCAAAACAAGUGAAAACAGGGACAAGCAGGAACUUCUUAAUAUAGCCUGAGGGUUGUGGAGCAUUUAGGAGAGAUGACAGUGCGGGGUGCUAUGGUUGUGUGGGUGAUACUGCUUCUCUUGGUGGUGUCAGGUGAACCAUACCGGACCCCCUACGACCAGGAACAGGACCAGAAUAGAGAGAGGCCAGAUCCCUGGACAGAUCCCAGGACAGAUCUCAGGGAAUAUCACAGAGAUACCAGUGAGGCGGGGGCUAAAGAGUGUCGGCGUUGCUGUGACCCUGGGGAGGAGGCCCCUCCUCCAUACCCCAACCCCCAUUACCCUCGGCCCCACCCACAACAAUACCCCCAGUACCAAGUGACACCCCAGAUCAACAUCACCAUCCUCAAAGGUGAGAAGGGGGACAGUGGCCAGCGAGGUCCCUACGGGAAGGCUGGCAAGGUCGGUCUGACCGGCCCGCGGGGGCCUGAGGGUUUCAAGGGUACCAAGGGCAGCAUGGGGAGCCCAGGGGAGCCCUGCAAAUCCCAGUACGCUGCCUUCUCCGUGGGCCGCAAGAAGGCCAUCCACUCCAACGACUACUACCAGACCCUGGUGUUCGACACGGAGCUGGUCAACCUCUACGGCCACUUCAACAUGUUCACUGGCAAGUUCUACUGCUACGUGCCUGGCAUCUACUACUUCAGCCUGAACGUGCAUACAUGGAACCAGAAGGAGACCUACGUGCACGUGAUGCAUAACGACAGGGAGGUGGUGAUCCUGUACGCCCAGCCCAGUGACCGGAGCAUUAUGCAGAGCCAGAGUCUGAUGCUGGAGCUGGAGGCUGAAGACCAGGUGUGGGUCCGGCUCUUCAAAGGCGAGCGGGAGAACGCCCUCUUCAGCGACGACUUUGACACCUACAUCACCUUCAACGGACAUCUCAUCAAGCCCAAGAGCGACGGCCCUAGAGAAGGUCAGGAGAAGCGUAACCAAUAGGAAUCUGUUGUAGUGAAAAGUCAACGGCGUGUCGACAUCAGCCAUGGGAACAAAUGUCCACUAAGAUGUAUGGAAGAGAGGCUGGAAUAUUCUAGCCAAUACGACAGCAGAUUCACGUGUGGAAUACAAAUGUCCAAAUUAAAAUACUUUUUAUUAAACAAAAACUAUAUGCUGUGUAUACUUAUUUUAUAACAAUUCUAACAUUAUUUCAUAACAACCUGAACAUUGCCCAACAUAUUCUUCAUUAAAUAAGCCACACUGAAAGAAAUACCAAUAUGAUUUCACUUAAAUGUACCACUGCCAUUGACCUCCGUAACAUAGAACUUGGUCUGUGAUGGGCAUUAUCAUCGACAGGUUUGGCUGUGGAAUUGACCUCUCCUUUUGGUGAUACUACCAAGACGUGAUGACAUAUAACCUGGCAGGCGUGUUCCCAUCACUUCAUCAGAAAAACUCUUUGAAUCCUACUUAAUUAUCUAACAUUUUUCUUGGACAAAUAAGAGGUCAUCCAAAUUUCUUACAUUAAUUGUAGAAAGUACCGAUAUUAAAUAUGGCAUGGGAUAAAAACCCAGGAAAUACUGAUAACUGGAGUUGACAUACAACUGAUUUAUUGCCUGCAGCUGUUAAUAUAUUUUGAAUGGUCAGUACCAGCUGUUGGUGGUCGUGAUCCUCAGUGGACUCUUUGAAAGCAGUUUUGAAGAAAAUUAGUAAAGGAUAAUUAAAAAUAUAAAGAAUGUCCUGCUGUUAGUCGAAGAGAGGGAGGCUGGAAGACCAGGCACACUGGCUUGCUUCUUGUGUGUGUGUUGUGUGCUGUGUAUGGUGUAAAUUUGUUUUUCUCGUGGAUAUUUGAUGGUGUGUGUGUCUGCCAAGCUCUGUCAGUGGACACACAGGAAUGUUCUAGAGAGAACUGAGAGCACCAACCAAGACUCAGACCCUGCAAAAAACAAAAAUGGAGAAAGCAAAUAUUAUGGCUCUGUCUUUCAUGCUUCAGUUAUAACCCCUCUGUCUCUCAUACUGUAGUUAUAACCCCUCUGACUCUCAUUAUGCAGUUAUAACCCCUCUGUCUCUCAUACUGUAGUUAUAACCCCUCUGUCUCUCAUACUGUAGUUAUAACCCCUCUGUCUCUCAUACUGUAGUUAUAACCCCUCUGUCUCUCAUACUGUAGUUAUAACCCCUCUGAAUCUCAUACUGUAGUUAUAACCCAUCUGUCUCUCAUACUGUAGUUUUAACCCCUCUGCAUCUCAUACUGCAGUUAUAACCCCUCUGUCUCUCAUACUGUAGUUAUAACCCCUCUGACUCUCAUACUGUAGUUAUAACCCCUCUGAAUCUCAUACUGUAGUUAUAACCCCUCUGACUCUCAUACUGUAGAAACAUGACCAGUUUCAUACACAAGACUGGACAGAUUCAGUAGAAUCACGUAACUUGACUAAUUUCACACACAAGCCUGGACAGAUCCCUAAUUCCAUGACUUGAAUUUGUUAAUGUCUGAUUUUGAAAGAUGUAAAACAUGAAACGCCCUCUAAAUUGUGUUUAAAUGUUACCCAAGUUAUUUAUUUUUUUAAAAC